ACUUGGAGCCGAACCCAGAAGGACGUUUCUCUCAUCAGGAGGAAAAAACAUGAUAUAAAUUCAACAACUGGGUUGAGCUCCCAGUAAAUAGGAAUAGCAUCGCCGCCUCCAUUAAUAACACCGUUGAAACACGGAACCUAUUUCUCUAACCAUGCGACGGACACAAAUACAGGUUGCACCCAUUGCCCACAGCCAAUGACUAGAGUAGACUGUACUAGCUGGUCCUCAGCGGGACGCUCCCCCGCCCCAAGACCUCCCGAAGGGUCUCGGAACGACGCGUAGUGACGCCAUUGGCGAGCUCGCCCCCCGAUUGGCUGCCUAGGAAUGUUCCACUUCCAUUUCGUCUUCUAGUUUUUUUUUCUCCUCUCUCCCCCCCCCAACAGUUCGUUGAACUCUCCCGGUUCCUUCCUCCCCCUCCUAUUGGCCGGGGUUCAAAAAAAAAGAGAGUCGUUGUAAAGCGGCGAGAGCGGCGGCGUCACUUGCGCAGUCCGGGCCGCUCUUGCCUUCCAGCUCGCUGACCGCGCGCGCGCCAAGGUCUUCUUCUUCUUCUCCUCAGACAGGCUGACAGGAUCGGCGGCCGCCAUUGCCGCCAUUCCGGCCGUUGCAAAGGCGCCUCCCGCCGCCCUCCCUCAGCUCGAACCGGGGCUUCCUCUCUCUCUGAAGGGCGGCGGGAGGGGAAGGAGAUGAACGGCGGCGCCUCUUGACCACCAAGCACCACGGCGGCGGCGGCGCUGAGCCCGCCCAAUUCACGCCCUUCCCCGGCUUCCUCCGCCUCCGCCUCCGCCGCCUCGAGGAUGCUGAAGAUGAAGCUGCCGGCGAAGCAGCCGCCGCCGCCGCGGCAAACGACGAGCCGCAAAAGGGCGGAGGAGGGAGGAGAAGGAGGAGACGGGGCGGCCGCCGGAAUCCCACUCGGGCCUCGCGGCGGAGGCCUGGCCAGUCGCCCGCCUCGCGUCGAAGCCGGGGCGAUGGGGGCUCCGUCGGGCUCCCCGCCGGGUCUCUGCGGCUGCCUUUGCGGCUGCUCGUCCGGAGGCCCCCGCGAAGCCGUCUACGAGUGGUUCGGCCUGGCGCUGGGCUCGGCGCAGCGGCUGGAGUUCGCCGUCGGGCUGCUCGACCUGCUCAACCCGCUGGAGCUGCGCUUCCUGGGCUCCUGCCUGGAGGAGCUGGCCCGCAAAGACUACCACUGCCUGCGGGACUCGGAGGCCAAAGCUAACGGCGCCGGCACCGCCGCUGCUUCUGGAACCGCCGACGCGGCCCCGGCCGGGAACAAUCCCGGGGGAAGCCGAGAGCAACAGCAGCAGCAGCCGCCGCCCCCGGCUUCUCCCCCCGGGGCUGCGGCCGCCGGCUCCCCGCCUCCGCCGGCCCCUCUCCUGGCGUUGGGCGGCAGCGACUUCCGCGACCCCGCGGUCCGCUCCAAGCUGAUCGUCUACUUGGCCCUGCUGGGAUCCGAGAACCGCGAGGCUGCCGGCCGCCUGCAUCGCCUGCUGCCCCAUGUGGAUGCCAUCUUGCAGAGCUGCCGGUCGCCCCUGGGAAGGAAGCGAGGGGGAGAAGAGGAGGAGGAGGAGGAGGAGGAGGAAGGCGCCUUAGCAGGACCGGAGGCGGCGGAGGAGGGGGGCCUGGGGCUGGUGGCUCAGGAGGAGCUGCUGCUGCUUUUCACCAUGGCUUCCCUGCACCCGGCCUUCUCCUUCCACCAGAGGGUCACGUUCAGGGAGCACUUGGAGCGGCUGCGGGGAGCCCUCUGCCGGGGUGAAGACGAGGUGGGGGCCUUCCCUUGCCGUGGGUCGCGGAACUUUUCCCAUAACUGCAUGCCAACAAGUGAGAGCAGUUUACUUGAACAAAGGGCAGGAGUUCAUGAUAAACUUAUGGUGGCCACUCACAGACCACAGCAAGAAGCUGUACACAUUCAGAAAAUAAUGCUGAAAGGAGUCCCUAGGAAAAGAUCUGAUAAACAUUUGGAGUAUACUUUCAAAGUAAUCUGGUCUGAUCAUUCUGUAUCCUCUGUAACAAAAACACACCAGGAACUACAAGAAUUUCUCUUAAAGCUUCCAAAGGAUCUUUCUUCUGAAUCAUUUGACAAGACUAUUUUAGCGGCAUUAAAUCAGGGGUUACAGAAACAAGAAGAAAGGAGGCAUUCAGACUUUGAGCCUAUGAUAAGGCAACUAUUUGCAAAUACUUCCCCAGCUUUUCUCCAGAAUCAGAGAGUAAACAACUUCUUUCAGACUCUGUCUUCAGAAGAUUUACAUUCUCAUAAUAACCACCAGUCUUCCCUGAAGACAUCUAAAAUGCCAGAACAUUUCAAGGAGGAUAGCUCAGAAGCCUCAAGCCAGGAAGAAGAUAUGAUGCAGCACCCAGUUAUUCAUAAGAAACAUAAUGGGAAAUGUCCUAUUGCUAACACUAUUAAUACCAGAUGUCCUUCACUGGAUGGUUUUGACAUAGCACACGGUGAAUAUAAUGGUGUAGCAGACUGGAGGAGAAAAGGCUGGGCUCUGCAGCAGCAUCCAGAGCAUUGCACAAUACUUGAUCAGCAUGUGGGAGAGAAAAAGAAUUUGCCUGUAUUAAACAAAAAAAAAGGAAAACAGCAAUCAGAAAAAGAUAAAAUAAAGAGGACUGAUUCCAGACUAACCAUGAGAGCCAACUAUGUAAGAGUUGCAGAUGCUCAUCACCUGCAUCCAGGAACAGUAAAAGAUUCAAAUUUAGACAUUACAAUUGGAAAUGACACAUGUGGAGAAACCUCUUCAGAGAGUUACAGUUCUCCUUCUAGUCCACGGCAUGAUGGAAGGGAAAGUUUUGAAAGUGAAGAAGAAAAAGACAGAGACACAGACAGCAAUUCUGAAGAUUCUGGGAACCAAACUGUGCUGCGGUUUACUGAAUAUGGUGCUACGGACUUCAAUAAGGCACUGACACAAAUGUCAGUGACAUCAAACAAUAAAAACACUGUGGAGGAUCCUUUGAGUUCACAGUUUCAACACAUUUCAUUUAUGCCUGCCCUGCACUGUGUCGUGCUCAAUAGUGCACAGAAGCCUGAAACUGUAGUGCCACCACCUAUAUCCGCUGAUGGGAAAACUUUGGGAAUGGUAGUUGCUAAUUCCGCUCCGGUUGGAAUGGGAUCUUCGGUUGAAUCUGAGAAACACAUCGAACUUAUGUCUUCCCCUUUGCCGGCCACAUUUUUCCCAUCUACGGUCCAGCCUGGUAGCCCUGCAUUGCAGUUAGGGAUGCACAGAAUGAAAAUAUCUUCCCCGCAGGCAUCUGAAAAUUGUGGAGUUAAUGGACCCCAGCAACAAACUGGAAGCUUAAAUAUUGGAUCACCAAACACUGCCUUUAUUCCAGUCCACAGUCCAGGUAAUUUUACAGGAACUCCCCUUCCAACAGCAGAUCCAGUCCCAAAAUCUGUAUCACACGUGAUGGGCUUAAAUCAAAUGGUGCCUCAUGUUGACGGAAACACGGGAGUCAUCCCUCAGCCUCCGAAUCUGAAAGUAGUGGUUCCUGCAACCGGGCUCUCCACAGCACUUCCACCAGCUCCUUUUACCGUACCGGUAACUCUUCACGCUACCAACGUUUUGCCUAAUCAAAGUACGACAGUGCUGAAUACUGUGGCAUCCACACCACCAGCUCCAACCACAGGCCUUUGUGUUAGUCAAGUGCAGCCCACUAUCCCUCCUGCAAUACCGACCCACACUCCUGGUCCGGCGCCUAGUCCGAGCCCGGCUUUGACACACAGCACCGCCCAGAGCGACAGCACCUCCUACAUUAAUGCCGUUGGGAAUACUAACGCAAAUGGGACCCUGUUGUCCCCGCAGCAGCAGCAGCAGCAGUUGGGGCCUUGCGGCUCUUGCGGCCGUAGGUGUAGUUGUGGCGCCAACGGAAACAGCCUUCAGAUCAACAGCUACUUUUACCCCAAUCAAAUCCAAGGUCAAGUCUACAGAGUCUCACCUUUCUUCCACCUGCCCUUUUGCAAUGGGAGCUACCUCAGCCAAGGACAUCAGGCCAACGGGACGCAGAUCCCGUAUUUCUUCUCUCGGGGCCCCUACUCAAUGCACGAGCCCGUGAUGGGGAGCCAAAUCAACUAUGGUGUGCAGCAAAUGGCAGGAUACCGGGGUUUUUAUCCUGUGUAUCAAGCUUCAAAUGUAGUUGCCAGUUCUAAUGGAUCAGGUCCCAAGAAGACUGGGAAUGUCUCCUGUUAUAAUUGUGGUGUUACUGGGCACUAUGCACAGGAUUGUAAGCAGUCAUCUAUGGAAGCCAAUCAACAAGGCACUUACAGAUUGAGAUAUGCACCUCCUCCCCCACCCCCUUCUAAUGAUACGUUGGAUUCUGCUGACUGAAACCAAGUAAAACAUUGCCUACAUACCAAAAUGAAGUUUGAGAAAUCUGGGAAAUUCUUUGGAUUUGAGAGAUUCUUUGUGUGUGUUUAUGUUUUGUUGCAUUUUUUUUUUCAUUGCUUGUGAACAUCUGUUC